AUAUCGCUUUGCAACAUAAAAACUUACUUUCUGUAUCUUCAAUGAAGCUGAUACCUUGAUCUUUGCUGGUGUAAGGCUCCCAAGAGCAGAAUUUAGCCACCUUUUCAUCAGUUGUCCACACCAUAACAUCAUUGAGGCUAUUUAUAAAGUCAUGGAGUUGAAAAAAUAAAAACUAAACUUAUAGGAAGUUGCAUGGAAGAAGGGUAUCUAUUACUUGGAGUUGGGAUCAAGCAAGAAAAAAGGUUUCCAAGAACAGAAAUUGGCCACUUUUUCAUCAGUUGUCCAUACCAUGAUAUCAUCAAGGUCUGAAAGAUGAAAGGGUCGUCGGAGUGUGAUUUGGUUCAAAUCAAUAUUCUCUUCUUUGGUAGAAAUAAAAGCUCCCUCCAUCAUCGGUGUUUCUUUUCUGAGUUAAUUUGGAUGCAUGCAAGUGUUGAUUAUUAGGCUAUUUAUAAAGUCAUGGAAUUGAAAAGUAUAAAUAAAUAAGAGUGAAAGGAAGUUGCAUGGAAGAAGGAUAUCUAUCAAAAUCAAGAAAUUUAAGCACACCCUAUAGAGUUAUAAUUAGGGAUUUUGUAUUGAAUCUCUCUCAAGUAUGUCAGAUAUUUUUAUUAAAAUAUCAUACAAUAGUGCUAGAAAAAUAGAGAAACUAACUUUAACGACAAAAUGAAAGAAAUAGCAGGAUUCGAACAUGAGAUCUUAGAGGAGCACAUUCUUAAAACCGAAACGUUUCACCGCUAGACCACAUACACGCACACAAAAGAAGAAAAACAUAUGAAAGAAAAUAAGAGAUUAUUCAUACAAUAAAAUAUAUGAAUUUUUUUACUCUAACUCUUUGUCUAACGUUGAUAAUUCUCUUGAACAAAAUUUUGAAUGCGCGUCAUUAAAGAAAAAAUGUCUACAAUAUUUUGUAGUUGGAAAAAACGAGAAAAAUGAAGGAAAUUGAGAAUCUCUUGAAACAAGAGAAAGGAUGAAUAAAGUUAUGUUUAUCAAAAUGAUACUAUAUAUCUCUUACAAUUAAAUUGAGUUACAAUUUUUUUAUACGUUUAAAACUCCUAUUUUGAAAAUGAAUAUAUCAGAUUGUUGAAUCACUUGGUGAGAUCCUUCAUUACAUGUGAAGGCAACUUCAUUCACAUCAAAAGGAUUGUGUCUUAACUCUCUUUAUUCUCAACUGUUUUUUUUUUUGGACAAUUGUCUCUUUGUACAACUUUUUGCGCAGAAGGUUCUAGGUCUCCCAUACUUGAAUUUGAGUAUAAAAUGAAAGACAAGACAUCAAAUAAAGGUACACAUCUUUUAAACCUAAAAUGCCUCUCACUUUCUGUAGUCAAGUCAUUAACUUGCACAUUAAAGUGUUUGCAAAUAUCCCCCAAAUGCCAAACUGAGACAUGAGUGCUUCAACCAUAAAUCGAAAUACACCAUGAAAUUUGGAUUUAUCACUUCGACAGUGAACACCUUGGGUCCACAUGAGAUCAUUGACGUUGUUUGUGAGAAUAACUUUAACAAAGUUUUCCUCUCUUGACCUCGUACCUAAGCGGUGCCUUCUAGUGGAGAAAGUCUUCAACACAGCCUAACAGAAAAGUUCUAGCAAGGAUACAACCCAAAGCGUGAUCGAGGAGUCGCCUCAAGAUGAUGGGGACAUGUUCCUACUUCAUUCCCUUGCCAACACUAUAAGAAAUCUUCAACAGUUGGGAUGACAUCUCCACCAUAACUUGCGUAAACAAGCAAAUGUGUAUCGUUUGGAAGGAUUUGCCCAUAAAUUUCUUCCUUAUGCACAUGACAAGAACUGCGAUUCGAUCAUUCGUCUUAGAUGGUGACCCACCUCAUAAUGGCAAAAAUAUUUGCUUUUCCUUGAUAAAAAACUGUUGCAAAGAGGUACCAUUUGAAGGCUUAUUGGAAGGUGAGAAACCUUCACUGUCGUUCUACAACAACAACAACUAGUUAACAACGCCCCAAACCACCAUGUAUCCAUCCUUAUUAGUCGAACCUAGAGGAAAUGUAGGCGUAGUCUUUGUCAAUGCCUUCUUCCUAUUGAUUAUAUCUUGGAAGACACCCAUGUUAUAUGCAAAUCAUAAUGAGCAUGAUGGUUAAGAAAUAUACUAAAGUGACAACGAAGUAGAAUAAUAAAAUCAACUCUCGCUCCUCACCAAAGAUCUCAUUUCUUUCUUGACUGUUGGCCGACUCUACCAACAUUUACGUCUUAAUGUAUCAUCUUUUUGUUAGACACCGGUACGUCCAAAGAUCCGACUCCUUCCAUAAAGCCUAAGCUCUCCUAGAUAGCAAUGAUGUAGGUCUUCAAACUCUCUUCUUCUAGUGUCACUUCCUUUGGUGUAAUCACAUUCUUAUUCGGAGCCUCAAAGAAAUGAUCAUGAUUUUAAUACUUGGGGAACAUGUCCUCACAUUUAGGCAGCUAUGACCUAAGGGGAAAGACCAUGAGCAUUUCGGGAGAACACAAAAACUUGAGUAUGCGGUCCCAACUUCAGGGAACAACUAAAAAUAUCAAUAUCUGAAGUUCUUCCAUUGACGAAACGAGAGCAGCCCCUACCCCCAAUCUGCCUUAGCAGAAGUACGUUGCACAUUAAACAAAUUCAGAGUAAGGGUAGCAUUCCAGUACUCACACCAAUAUUAAAAUACUUUCAUGUAUGCCCAGUUCAUCAGACAUAGUUGAUAAGAGGUUAUCUUAAGAUUAUUCAAAUACUUUCAUGUAUGCCUAGCUCAUCAUGUCAGCAUCUCCCCAUAAACACUAGCUCAGGAGCAAAAACUACUACUCUCCCUCAAGGACAAAUAAUAAAAAAUACUCUCUCCGUCCCAAAUUAUAAGAGAAAAUUAUUUUUUAGAUUCAUUGAAGAAUUAAUGUAUCUGGUCUUUAUAUAGACCAAAUACAUUAAUUAUUCAAUGAAUCUAAAAAGUCAUUUUCUCUUAUAAUUUGGGACAGAGGGAAUACCAAACUACACCAAGACACAUACCAUAUCCUUCCAUAGUACCAGAGCAUAUCUUCCGUGGAACUCACCCAAAAUAGAAUAGGGUGCAUGCUUUGAUACCAAUUGAAAUUCUGGCACAACAUGAAAGAACAAAUGUCGUAUACGAUGUCAGGACUUCCAGAAUUUCGAAUGCAAUGUCAAGACAUUGUAACAACAUAAGUAACAAUUAACAAUGUAAAGUAAAUUGCAGGGAGUAAAUAAAACAGGUCAAUUGUUAACCCAAUUCGGUGCAACGUCACUUACAUCUGGGGGCAUCCAAGGCAAGAAGGAAAUCCACUAUAAUAGUAUUAGUUUGAAGUUCUAAACAACCUCUAGUUUUACAAACUUCGCACCUAAUCACUACCCGUGUAAUUUCUAUCUAAUAAUCUCCUAUAUAUAAGACCCCUCUCACUUCCACUCAAUCACACAACAUUGAUGACAUCAAUAAUGACCAACAAAAGACAUACUUCCAUUGAAACAAAAUCCAUUAUUGCUUAAAAUCUUAUGAGUGAUUCACAAUUACAACUCAAAACUAACAGUCCAUCCCUAGCAUCAAACGAUUCAAGAGUGACUCACAAUAAACACUGAACAAACGAAGCCCUAAUAAUUGACACUUUUACAUAUGCGUCUCAUACUCUUCUUAGGUUUAGAGACUUCCUUUUUAUUGCCAGAGAAACACUUGGGCUUGAUGAUCAAUUUGGGCUAAAUAAUCAGCAAAUAGAAUACAAUAUUCAGCAGAAUCUUCUAUAACAUAAUCCGAUGUUCCUUUAAAUGUUUCGACAUCUGCAACACAUUCUUCUGCAUAAUAUUCUGCACAAUCUUCUGCUCAAAAUCAGGUAAAUAAUUAGGGGUUGCAAAACGGGCCCGGCCUGUUGGGCAGACCCGUUUUUCCCGCACUUUAGUGCAGGACGAGCCAAGGUUUUAGGCCCUCACCCUUUUAUGUGACCGCCCCGCCCCGUUUUAUUUUUCAUGCGGACUUUUGCGGGCAUGGAAAUUAACAUAUACUUUUGCAUUUUUAGGCUUAAAAGAUGUAGUGCCCGCGGGCUUAGCCCGCCCUCACUUUUUUGCGGGGCGGGCCAAGGUUUUAGGUCCGCAUACUUAACUAUGCCCGCCCUGCCCCGUCCCGUUUUUUUGCCGCCGGGCCUAAACGGGACGGGCAUACCCGUUUGCCACCCCUAAAAAUAAUAUAAUGUUUCCUUAAAUGUUUUGACAUCCAAUCUUGAGAAACAAAUCUUUAGAUAUCUCAUGCUUGAAACGAAUCUUUACAGAAUCAAAUCUUCAUUUACGCAUCUUGAAUCAAAAUAAAUCUUCUGAGAAUUUGAAACAAAUAUUCCGUGAAAAUAAAACUAUAGCACGCCACGAUGUCGUACAAGCAUGUCAAGACAUCUUGCUGAAAAAUUUGUUUUAACAAAAUGCACCCAACCAAACCAAAACCUAACAAGUUACCAUAGUAAUCCUUAACUAUUUCCGAGUAUACCAUAAGCAUUUCAAGGAAAGUGAAACCACGAAAAACCUCUCUAACGUCAAUCUUAAAUGGGUUAGCCCCUUAUCCUCCUUUAUGGGUUCCUCUAGAUCCUUGCCAUGUUGGGAAACUCUAGAUUCAUUACCACCACCAUCAAAAUUACUCCUAGAGUCGAAACUAUCAUUAAGUUAUAUAACGUUCACGUAGGGAGGUGUAUUGUAACCGUUGGAGAAACCAUAUCCCCCACCUCUGAGUCAUCACUUCUGUGCGCAAGGAAGCAUCAUUUAUUUCAUCCCCCACUAGAUAAGUCCACAAAAGUCAUCUAGUGAGGGAUAAAAUAAGUGAUGCUUCCUUAGACAAACUGCAAAGGUAGAAGCAAACGGGACAAUGAAGAAACCACAUAUAAGCUUAGGAGCAACAAAGGAAUGUGAAAUUUAAGAAGAAGAGGUAGAUUAAUUAUAUAAAAAAAUAUUACUUAAAUCCAUGGGAGAACAUAGGGAAUUUUACGAGAAGUAAAAUGCAGAACCAUUCGUAGUAAAGAUACAUCCUUAUAUUAGAAGAAGAAAGUGACAAAUAUACGACUUAGAAAGAAGGAAGACAUAAAAGAUGAACUCAACUGUGGGAGAUCAACCUCAAGAUCACAAUGAUACUCGAGCAUUCUAGAUGUGCACCACCAAUCCCUACUCUAGGGACCUGAAGCCACACGUAGGAAGAACAUCACUGAAUGUAUUAGUGACGAGACUAUCAUGUAAUGCGCAUGUUUGUGAGGCUACCUAGUCCCACUCACUAGACUUUUCCACUUUUACAUCCGCAAAGCAAAGGCUCUUCUGGAAAACACGGACAACAAUGGAGGGAAACUCGACAAUCUUAAUCUUUGUGUUACCAAGUAACAAUAAGGACUUGGAUGGCAACUGUUUCAGACCAACCAAAGACCUAGAGCGGCAUUGCCCAAUUACCAAGGCCUAGUAUAAACAUCUGUCUAGCCAAACAAAUGGACAUGUAGCGUUUCCUUGAGACAUGAGAUACUAGAUCCCAACUCCAAUUGUUUUUCGCUGUUGGAUAUGAUCAAACGACCUUCCACAUCACACACUAGAUUGGAUGAAUGCGGUUUAAACCAACUGAGUAUAUAAAUCAUGCCACCACUAAUUGUAACAAGGGUUAUUACCAUUUUUGCCCCCUGCCAUAUAGGUCAUAUUUGGUUUACCCCCCUGUAAAAUUUUUUUUUGCAAAAGUAACCUUGCCAUUACAAGAUUCUGUUUAGAAUAACCUUGGGGUGAAAUGGCACACGCCCUUAGCAUAUGUGGCAUGCCCAGUGUCAUAUUUUUUUGUUUUUCAUUUAUUUUUAAAUGCCACCUAUACAUACUAAUGCCACAUCAUAUUAGUUAACAUAUAAUAUUUACAAAAUCAUUUUGGUUCUACACCUCAACAUUUUCCCUAUCGUGAACCACCAUUGAAGAACUCCAAGGAGCUCCACUGAAGAAUCUCUGCGUCUCAUUGAAGAAUCUCUGCGUCUCAUAGAAGAAUCGCUGCAUUUCGUCGAAGAAUCGCAACCUAAGCUCUCAAUAAUGGUUGUAGACGGAACUAAAAAGCCUAAAGUUUCAGCACCCGUGGUAGCACCACCUCGCAAAAUAAAUGUGCAGAAGUUUGCAGAAUCCCGUGCCCCUGAGCUUCAGAGCCUUCAAUGUAUUGUUGAAAAUAGAUUAAGCAAUGAUUACAAGUCUCAAAGGAAUAAGAGAAGAAGAACAACAUCAUUUAACGACCAAAUUGCAAGAAAGGGGCACAGAAGAAAGAGACAAAAACGGGGGAUAGUUGAUAAAGUCAAUGCUGAAUCAGUUUUGAAUAAGGAAUCUGUAAUGCAGCUUCCUCGACGUGUUCGUCGAAGAUAUGAACUUAAGAGUAACCCUGAGAGUGGCUUCUGCUCUUCUGGGGAUGGAACCAAGAGGCUGAGAACACAUGUUUGGCAUGCAAAGCGGUUUUCCAUGACCAAAUUGUGGGGUUACCACCUUCCUCUAGGUCUUCAUGGAAGAGGGAAAGGUUCGAGGGCGUUGUUGAAAAAGCUCAAACAAGGGGUGCUGGUACACGAUGCAAGCUAUUACUCUGCUGUUCAAUUGGAGGGUCCGGAGGAUUCGUUAGUUUCAGUAUUAAGAAUGGUACUUGUGCCCUCUCCCACAGAAGAAACACAUCCCAGAAAUCACAAUGAUUCCGUUCUUUCUGGUAUAACCUAUGGAAUUGCAAUGCUUCAUCAAGUUGGAGCACCGGAUUCUCAGGCCAUUGCUCCUGUAACUUAUAUGUGGCGACCAACUUUCCAAGAAAAUAUUAAAGACCUAGGUGUCAGUGAUGAAAAAAUUAUCCCUGAUGUUGAUUUAUGUAAAAAGUCAGAAAGAUUGGAGUGUAUUUCUUCUUCUAGGCACCUUUGGGUGUGGAUCCAUGCAUCUGCCUUUGAAGAAGGAUAUGAUUGUCUAAAACUUGCUUGCCAGAAAGAGAUGGAAAAGAGAGGCAUCUCGAUCAGCUGUUCUUCUCUUGAGGGUAAACUUGCAAAAUUGGAAUUAAUGGGAUCAGGGACAUUUCGACUUCUACAGAAGAUAUUGCAUCCCGUUAGUAGUAUUUCAGAAAAUCACUGGCAGUUAAAGCAACACGUGACUAUGGAAGAAAACCAUGUUUCUCAGAAUACAAAGUCUUCCAUACUGAAAAAUGAGGAACAUUUUUCUUCUCGUGCAAUGUUAUCUCUUACUGUUAAGGAUCCUCGGGAUUUACCUGUGAAAAAGACUGUUUUUCAGACGGAGCCAAUUUCAACUAAGGCUCUAAGUGAUGCACAAGAAACUAGUUGCAAAGAGCUUGCUGAUUUGGGAGGAAUGUUAGGAAAGAACAAAGACAUGACUUCUUUAUCUUGGUCAGAAUUUAGAGAUAGUCAGUAUGAUGUUGAUGAUCUAUGGUAUGCUACCACCAGAGGCUUGAAGCCUCCAGUGGAAGACAGUGUUCUUUCUAUGGAGAAGCACCGUGAACGCAUGGUUAACUUCUGCCUUGAUGACAUAAAUGUUGGGGAGGCGAACUCUUCCAAAGGGCCGUGCUCAAGAACAUGCCCUAUUCUGCUUUUAAAAAAUGAUAUGAAGGAAUUGACCAUGGGAUGGUCUGUUAUACUUCGCUUAAGUUGGGUUAAAGCCUUCUGGAUUCCACUUGUCACUAAUGGGGCACAUGCAAUAGGUUUGCGAGAAAAGCAGUGGAUUGCAUCUGAUUUGGGGAUACCGUUUUUCCCUCAAGAUUUCCCGGAUUGCAAGGCAUACUCAUUCUUCAUGGCUGCUAAAGCUGCCGAAUGUAAUCAAAAGGAAGACCUUCGUCCUCCUUCUGUAAGGAAUUUGAGAGUUCCCAUCCUGCCUCCAUGGGGUAUUAUACACACUACUUUCAACAAAGAGAUUAGCUCAAUGGAGACUCUAGACCUUUCAGCUGGGGAAAAUUUGACCAAUGCUAAUUCCUUAUCAAAGUCUUGCCCUGACAACUUUAAAAUUUCAUAUUUUGACUCCGACAAUUCAUUUGAUGGAACUUUAGCUAGGACAGGUUGUAUGCUGACUACAUUACUCAAUGAAACCAAAACUGGUCGAUUGCUAUUAUUUCCUUAUGCAGCAGAUGGAAAGGCCAGAAUCUCUAAGUUUAUUAAGGGAGAACUAAUGCUUGAUAUGAGCCAUAGAAGUUCUAUCAUUUAUGACCAUAAGCUAUGUUUUAUAAGAGUUCUUCUUCACCCAUUCAAGGAAGGCUUUUUUGAAGAGGGGGCAGUUAUUUGUGCGCCACGUCCUUCUGAUAUAUCUUUAUGGACUUCAAGCUCAGUGAAAAGUGAAGCGGGACUUAAACUAUCUGAGUCUGCUAUGAGAUCAUAUUUCAAAGAGAAUUCCUCUGGUAAAUGGGGAAUGCAGAUACCAGAUGAUUCAAUUGGUAGAGAGUCUCACCGGUGGCCUAUUGGCUUUGUCACGACAGCUUGUGUUCAAGGAAGCAAAAGGCUUGUAGCACAGGGAUUUUGUGAGGCAGUUUUACUAUCUGAUUUAAGAGCAGAACAGUGGAAGGAGAUGCCCCUAAAGCAGAGGAGGACGGAAAUAUAUGUACUUGUCAGGAACUUAAGAUCUGUUGCUUAUAGGCUAGCACUUGCUUCUAUUGUCCUAGAAUAUCAGGAAAAUGACAUCGAUUUUUUGUAAAUUGAGAUUUUAUUUUAGAUUGAACUCUGCAAGUUACAUUGCUACAGAUAGGCCAAGUUGGCAAAUAUUCUUUAUUUGAAAAAGGGGAAAGCAACAUCAUAGAGAAAAAUAGUGUAGUUUAAGUUUUAUAAAUAUUUGUACAAUCAAAACAUUUGAAGUUAAAUAAAAAAUACAUUUGAAGUUGUCCAUACUUGUAAUUACUU